GGAUUUUAUAAAAUACUUAAUCUCAUUCAUGAGUCGAACUUCCUUUUUAAGUCAUGGAUGACAAGGCUUCUGUUGGAAAAAUCAGUGUCUCUUCAGACUCGGUAUCCACUCUUAACAGUGAAGAUUUUGUCUUGGUUUCCAGGCAAGGGGAUGAAACACCAUCUACAAAUAAUGGUAGUGAUGAUGAAAAAACAGGACUGAAGAUUGUGGGCAAUGGAAGCGAGCAGGAGCUGCAGAAGGAACUUGAAGACGUGCUGAUGGAUCCACCCAUUGAAGAUCAGUCAAAUGAGCGGGACCAUGGCGAAGAAGUUAGGACUGAUGGAGAUGGGGAAGAACCUGUUGUCCUUGAGGCUUCAGCAUCCUCUACUAUUAACCCAGUGUCGGUGGCAGGACUUCAGAAACCAGAAAUGAGUUUGCCAGUCAACCCAUCACAGGGAGACUGUGGGGAUUUGAGCCCUUUUACGCCGAUGACAGAUGAGGACAGCGUGGUGUUUAGCAAGCUCAUCUACUUAGGCUGUUCCUCGGUCAACGCUCCACGGAGUGAAGUGGAAGCCCUCAGAAUGAUGUCGGUCUUACGAAGCGAGCGCAAGAAUUCUUUAAUCGUGACUCUGUCAGUGCCUAAUGUCUCUGAAGGAACAGUGAGACUUUUUGAUCCUCAAUCAAAUGCAGAAAUAGCAAAUUAUCCAAUCUAUAAAAUCCUUUUCUGUGUACGAGGGCAUGAUGGAACCCCUGAAAGUGAUUGCUUUGCUUUCACUGAAAGUCACCACAAUGCCGAAAUCUUCAUGAUUCAUGUCUUCCAAUGUGAAAUCCAAGAGGCUGUGAGCCGAAUACUUUACAGCUUUGCCACUGCCUUCCGUCGUUCUGCCAAACAAACUCCACUCUCGGCCAUUGCCACCCCACAGACUCCAGAUAGUGAUAUUUUCACCUUCUCGGUGUCACUGGAAAUCAAAGAAGAUGACGGGAAAGGUUAUUUCAGCGCAGUUCCCAAAGACAAGGACAGGCAAUGCUUUAAACUCCGCCAAGGAAUUGAUAAGAAGAUAGUGAUUUACGUUCAACAGACCACUAAUAAGGAACUUGCUAUUGAGAGAUGUUUUGGCCUCCUCCUCAGCCGUGGGAAAGAUGUGCGGAGUGGUGACAUGCAUCUUUUAGAUUUGGAGUCCAUGGGUAAAAGCUCUGAUGGAAAAUCGUAUGUAAUCACUGGGAGCUGGAAUCAAAAGUCUCCACACUUUCAGUUUGUAAAUGAAGAAACACCAAAAGAUAAAAUACUGUUCAUGACUACUGCGGUGGAUUUGGUGAUAACGGAGGUUCAGGAGCCUGUUCGAUUCAUUCUGGAGACUAAAGUCAGAGUUUGCUCACCUAAUGAGCGAUUAUUCUGGCCCUUCAGCAAACGUAGCUCUACAGAAAACUUUUUCCUAAAACUCAAACAGAUAAAGCAAAAGGACAGAAAGAAUAACUCAGACACGCUAUAUGAAGUUGUGUGUCUGGAAAGUGAAUCAGAAAGGGAGAGAAGAAAAACUACAGCAAGCCCCUCUCUUCGUCUGCCUCAGUCUGGGUCACAAGGCUCAGUGAUUCCUUCUCCUCCUGAGGAUGAUGAAGAGGAAGACAAUGAUGAACCUCUCUUGAGUGGCUCUGGAGAUGUUUCCAAAGAGUGUGCAGAAAAGAUUCUUGAGACAUGGGGAGAUUUGCUGUCCAAAUGGCACCUCAAUCUGAGCGUGAGGCCAAAGACACUGUCCGCGUUGGUGAGAAGCGGCGUCCCCGAGGCUCUGCGAGGAGAAGUGUGGCAGCUGCUGGCGGGGUGUCACAACAACGAUCAUCUGGUGGAGAAGUACCGAAUCCUCAUCACAAAGGAGUCUCCCCAAGACAGUGCUAUCACCCGUGACAUCAAUCGAACGUUCCCUGCUCAUGAUUAUUUUAAAGAUACUGGGGGAGAUGGCCAGGACUCCCUCUACAAAAUAUGCAAGGCCUAUUCUGUCUACGAUGAAGAGAUUGGCUAUUGUCAAGGCCAGUCCUUUCUUGCUGCUGUGCUGCUUCUGCAUAUGCCUGAAGAGCAAGCUUUUAGUGUUCUGGUCAAAAUCAUGUUUGAUUAUGGACUCAGGGAGCUUUUCAAACAAAACUUUGAAGAUUUGCACUGCAAGUUCUACCAGCUGGAGCGCCUCAUGCAGGAAUGCAUUCCUGAUCUGUAUAACCACUUUCUGGACAUCAGCCUUGAAGCACACAUGUAUGCUUCCCAGUGGUUCCUUACCCUGUUCACUGCAAAGUUCCCUCUCUACAUGGUCUUCCAUAUUAUCGACUUGCUGUUGUGUGAGGGAAUAAGUGUUAUUUUCAACGUUGCACUGGGAUUAUUAAAAACUACCAAGGAUGACUUGUUACUAACUGACUUUGAAGGAGCUUUAAAAUUCUUCCGUGUACAACUGCCCAAGAGAUACCGUUCAGAGGAAAAUGCAAAAAAGCUGAUGGAAUUAGCGUGUAAUAUGAAGAUUAGUCAGAAGAAGCUGAAGAAAUAUGAAAAGGAGUAUCAUGCCAUGAGGGAGCAACAAGCUCAACAGGAGGAUCCUAUAGAAAGAUAUGAGCGUGAGAACCGUCGUCUACAAGAAGCAAAUAUGAGGCUUGAGCAAGAAAAUGAUGAUCUUGCACAUGAACUAGUGACCAGCAAGAUUGCUCUACGAAAGGAUUUAGAUAAUGCGGAGGAGAAGGCAGAUGCUCUGAAUAAGGAACUGCUAAUGACUAAACAGAAAUUGAUUGAUGCAGAAGAAGAAAAGAGGCGCCUAGAAGAAGAGUCAGCUCAGCUGAAAGAAAUGUGUCGUAGGGAACUAGAUAAGGCAGAGUCAGAAAUCAAAAAGAACAGCUCUAUUAUUGGUGACUACAAACAGAUCUGUUCUCAGCUGAGUGAGCGACUGGAAAAGCAACAAACGGCAAAUAAAGCUGAAAUUGAGAAAAUACGGCAAAAAGUGGAUGACUGUGAACAUUGCCGGGAGUUCUUCAACAAAGAAGGCCGUGUGAAGGUUGCUAGUUCUGCCAAGGACGGGUCAGAUGAGGACACGGAUGAGGAGAAGGAAACUCUGAAAAACCAGCUGAGGGAAAUGGAGCUUGAGCUGGCCCAGACCAAACUGCAGCUAGUGGAAGCAGAGUGUAAAAUUCAGGAUUUGGAGCACCAUUUGGGUCUGGCAUUGAAUGAGGUACAAGCUGCAAAGAAAACAUGGUUCAACAGAACAAUAAGCUCUAUAAAAACAGUGACUGGAGUCCAAGGAAAAGAGACUUGUUGAAAAGCAGAACUCUGUCAACCACCUUCUUAACACAACACCUUUUGUUGCCUUCGUUGGCCAGAUGUUUAAUUCUGUGACGUGAGAGGACCAGAAUGUAAAUAACAUAGAAACACAGCAUGUCAGGAUUCAAUAGGUCAGUGAGAAAGAGGAUGGAAACACAAAAAAAAAGGCUUUAUUGCUAGACACAGGAUCUUCAUACUACUGAUAUUUAACAGGUGAUGUAGCUAGAUUGAAGCUCUUCAGAGAAACACUCCAUUCUGCGGUCUGGCUGGAGGCUUUUCACAGACUAGGUACGAGAACUUACCAAACCCUAAUCGUUAAGUUUACAUAUGAUAGGUUUUUUUACAGUUAUAACCUUUUUUAAUAUUUUAUUUGAAAGGAAAAGUGUCACUAACAAAAUAAAAAGAAAAAAAAAUAGAAAAAAAUAUAUAUAUUAAAAAAAGACUUUAGCAAGAACUACAUCAGUGCCAGAAAGCAGUCCCCAGAGGUAGGAUAUGGAGAGUAGGAGGUGACGUGUUUUGCUUUAUGAAUGGGGAUGAUUUCAGCAUUCCUGUCGGAGCAACCCCACUUUGUUUUAGUAGGUAGAUGCAGCAUCCAUCUCUGUGUUUGGCAUUUCUUUCUGUUACUAAUCAAUUCUAUGCAACUCUGGGCUUUUUUUGGCAUGGGCUGCCAAACAAAUUCACAACCUGAGGUUGGGGGCUUUUUCUAAGUGCUAGACAAGAAUAAUCAGAAUUCUUGGCAAAUUUCUGUUUUGCUUCUGUGUCAUGUUGUUAAAUCCACACAUCAACAGCAUUAAAACCCCUGACAUCAAGACUGCUAAUAAGUACUAAUUAUGUGGAUGGUCUGACAUUUAAGUAAGUCUUUUUGUUUGUUUUUUUUUUUUUGUCGAGCUUUUGUUUUUUGUUUGUUUUUUUACCAGGCUGUAGCAGGCCUUCUGUGAAGCUCUAAGAAAGCUUCCAGGAUUUAGUUUUGCACAUAGGUAUGAAUGGGACAAAGAAACAAUAAACUGAGAUAUAUAUGAGGCAAAAGUCACUGCGCGAGUGCAGCUGCGAGGAUCUGCAGCGAUCCAGCUGGCUCCCCGGGUGACAAGUGCAGAGAUUGUGUAGGUCACUUACCACGCUCGACGCAGUUGCACUAAUAGGUGCUAAACGUGCUUGGAUUUUUAUCCGUUGGAAUGUCUUGAGUUCUCACCAGAAAGCUGUAGAAUGGAGUUUUGCACCUUGUAAUUUUUUAAUUUAUAAUGGUUUUGUGUUAUGCUGAAGUAUCUAUUGCAUCAGUGGAUAAAUUUUGUGUGCAGUGUGAGUAUAAGCUGGUAACAAUAAGAGGCACUGGUUUGUAUAUAAAGAUAUUUGGUUUAUUUUGUAUUUCUACCUUUUUCUUGUUUACUGUACUAAUGCUAGCUAAUGUACUCUGUAACUACAGGAUAGAACAGGCUAUGUCCAAGCUUUUUUUCCUUAACUGCAUACAUUAUUGUUUAAUACCAAAAAAUACUGUAACUCCAUCAAUAUUAGAUGCGUGGACAUUGUGGUAGCAUAGUUGCAGUGUGUAUACUUUAUGAAUUGAACUAUAAACUAGUAAAAUUGUAUAAC